GCUUGGCGUUGGUUUGUUGGCAGUGCGGUGAAUUUGCACGUCGACGCAAAUACUGCGCUUCCAUGAACACCUCUUUCUUUACGACCAUAUACGAAAUGCCCUUCCUUGAUGACGAGCACUAUCUGUAUUCCAGAGAUGCUGCCUCAGACCUCACCCCAAACGCAACCCAAAAGGUGACGUUGAUCGUAGCAGGAUGUUAUGUUGUUGCAAUUGCCAUUCUUUGGCAUGUACCGUAUCUUAGUUGGAUAAUUUAUCCUUUCAAACUGCUCACUGUCGGUUUCCACGAAAUGAGUCACGCGAUCGCAGGAAUGUUAACUUGUGCCACUAUCCACUCGAUAGAAUUAGACCCUGAUGAAGGAGGCGAGACUCGAAUGUCUGGCGGUAUACCGUGGAUCAGUCUUCCGGCAGGAUACCUCGGCUCCUCGUUCAUUGGGGCGUGUCUCAUCGCCUGCGGAUUCGAUACCAACGCUAGUAAAGUCGCCUGUCUCGCACUUGCUGUCUUUUUCUUGUUCACGCUUUGGUGGGCGAGGAAAAAUUGGCUAUCAUGGGUCUUGAUUCUUGGCAUGUCGGGCUUGAUCGUCAUGUUUUGGUUUAUUGAGGGCGGUGUAGCCCUGCGGUAUUUUGUCUUGUUUAUAGGCGUGAUGUCAGAUCUGUAUGUGAUUUGGGAUGUAAUUGACGAUACCAUCGAACGCAAGGUAAACAACUCUGAUGCAUCCGCGUUUGCACGGAUUUGUGGAUGCUUCCCGUCUCAAGUUUGGGGUGUUAUUUGGUUGAUCAUAGCGAUCAUCUUUUUCGCUGCUGGCGUACUAGUCGGCAUCGUCGCAUUCAAGCAGUCAGAAGCUCAGCAACAAUCAGACGCAUCCCAUUUCCUUCCCGUCCCGGGCUCCAGCGGCGCCGUUCUCGGUGCACCCAUUCCGACGUUCCUUCUUAUAAGCGUAACAACAUUUGUUUGGAACAUUCUUGCGUGACGCUACCCAUCAAUGUUUGUAUACCAGGAACGAAUAUCGUCUUUUUCUGAGAAGGGUUGGACUGUUGUCGAUGAUCAUGAUUUUUGAUGAUGCGAUGAUAUCCUGCCAGAGCAGCUAGAUGAAAUAUAUCCCUAUGUCGUAUGUAUGUAACACUGCCCCUUUUGUUUCGAAAUGUUCAGCAACGAGUUGUUGUCUUUUACUCGUUUUUGGCUGGG